AUGGCUGCGCCGACGGACCCCUCGUCUAUAUCUGCACCCGAACUCUCUCUUUUACGGGUUCUGCAUUCUCCGGCCCCUGGCCCUUCGCGAUCAUGGCAAUCCGUAGCACAUCCCGAUCCGUCGACACCACUGCUCGCGACAGCCUCCGCGGACAAAACUGUAAACAUCUGGAGCUUGCGCGACUUCUCACUCAUCUCGACCAUUACUGGCGGUCACAAGCGGAGUGUACGAACGGUGGCAUGGAAAGAUUACGGACAGAGCAAGAGUUCCAAGAAAGCUAAAGACCCCGUGGUACUGGGAACCGGCAGUUUCGACGCCAACGUGGGCAUUUGGAUCUGGAACGAUGAUCGACGGUGGGCACGGUUCCGAAAUCAAGACGCCGAGACACAGCAGAAUCAAGAUCAGGAACAAGGCGCACAGCACGCGAACAGUACCUCAAGGGCAGAUGAUGUUGAUGAUGACGAGGAAGUCGAUAUGACGCGCGACCCCGACGAGGAUGACCAGGAUUGGGAUUUCUCUACUCUCCUUACCGGCCCGGAUUCGGAGAUCAAGUCCAUAGAAUUCUCUCCGCCGCACUACUCUGCGAGCCUGCUGGCGACCUCCUCACGCGACAAAUCGGUUUGGAUAUGGGAAGAGGUGGAGCCGGAGGAGUGGGAAACCAUUGCCGUGCUGAGCGAGCAUACCGGCGACGUCAAAUGCGUGAGUUGGUGUGCAGGCGCAUUAAAAGGCAAUGGCCGCCGACUCACGAAGAGGCGCAAGUUGGGGAACGAGGCUGUUGGUGCUCUCCAGGACGGUGAUGUCGAGAUGGGAAACUCAACCUCCCACAAGAACGGCGAUCAAGAUACCGCCGAGGACGAGCAGGUGGUGCUUGGGUCGCGCGAGAUCCUCGCCAGCGGAUCCUACGACGAUACGAUCCGGCUGUGGCGCGACGUCGAGGAGGAGGGCGACUGGAUCUGCGUCGGCGUCAUCGACAGCCACAGGGGCACCGUCUGGGACCUGAAGUGGGAAGGAUACAUCAACUACGCGCAGCUCGAUCUCGACUCGUCGCAGCAAACAGGCCAGAACGAGGAUGUGGCCGUGGCUGAAUUCGAAGCAGACUGGUCUCCGCGCCUUGUGUCGUGCUCCGACGAUUUAACCGUCCGCGUGUGGCGGCGGGAACUCAGCGAGGCGGAAAAGGCCAAGAGAGCACAGUCCCGCUUAUCGUCCUCUGCUGCUGGCGGUGUGACUACUACAGGAUUUUCAGGUACGCGUCUCCCGAGCGUCAUUCGUCCGCAGAGCAAUAUGGAGCGCUGGGUUGAAGAUUCCACGCUGCCUCAGGUCCAUGUGCGCAGCGUCUAUGCUGUUGAUUGGUCCCGUCGGACCGGGCUGGUGGUCAGCUGUGGCGGAGAUGGUACGAUCGCUGUAUAUAAGGAGGUCGUGGACACAGAUUCGCAUAUGGACGGACAACAGCAGCAGCAGCAGCAGCAGCAGCAAAAUGUGGACGAUGUGGCUAUGAAUGGCACCGCUGGAAACGGAACGGCAACAGGAGUUCCGGACGGCGAGCAGCCGUAUAAGUUGCACAAGAUGAAAUGGACACUCGUGGCACGGAUGGAGGGCGCGCAUGACGAGUUUGAGAUCAAUCACGUCUGCUGGGCGACGAGACGUGAUAAUGGCCGUCGCUUCGAUGGCGAAGAGGUCAUUGUCUCGACGGGCGAUGAGGGAGAUGUCAGGGUGUGGACGUUGCCUGAUGACCUUGUGGCUUAG